AAAAUGAAAACCGAAAAAAUGUUUGUGAUAAGUCAUGAAGAUGGGACCACCACAUAUCUUUCCGACAUCUCCUUUGUUCCAUCGAUCGAAGAUGAUCAACUUUUACUCACUUGUACAGUUACCUUUGAAAAUAAUGUGACUACAAGUAGCAGCAUUUCAUUGAGUGUAAAAGAUGCCCCUUGUAAGGAUGUUCCUAUGCCCGCUUGCAGGUCUUUGGAUUCCAACGUCAUUGCUGGGAUGGUUGCUGGUAACGUGGUCAUCCUGGUCCUGAUUAUUUUGGGGACUUGCUGCUUUCUGAAGAGACACGUGGAGAAAAGACCACCAGGGAAUCAAUCUCAAAGCCAAGAUUCUAGAAAACAGCGAACAGAAAGUACUUAUCAGGGCUUAAUAGGACAGAAGAACGACAUCUACUACAGCAUAAGGACCCAAUGAAGAUACAGGGAGAUAUAUUGUAAAUAGAUCACGGGAUACAAUCCCAUCAAAAAUAAAAUCGUUACAUUUCAAAUGUUAUCCCUGUUAUUUCAUGAACCUGUUAUAUAGUGUAAAAAAUGUUGCCGACAUACAGUAUAUCUAAUUAUAUAACUAAAAUAAUACUGAAGGACUCCAGAGGAAUAGUGGAAAACGUGGGUUGCGUUUCUUCCAUCUUAAGCAUCAUGGCU